CAAGCAGCUUUAUUUUGUUGAGCCAUCGAUCCAUCGGACUAUAUUCGUCAUGUCUCGCCGGCGGCAAGUCGAAGACGAAUACGACGAGGAAGAUGAAGAGGAGCUCGAUGAGGAGGAAGAGGAACAACACGGCAGCCGUAAGCGACGUCGUAACGAGUUUAUCGACGACGCUGCUGAGGAAGAUGACGAUGAAGAGGAGGAAGAAGAAGAAGAUGACGACGAGGAGGAAUACCGUGGCGGCGGCGGCAGAAAAGGAGGAGGCGGAAGCCGUCGUGCUACCAAAGCUAGACGACCGGCUUCAGAAUUCAUCGAUUACGAAGCGCAGGUGGAUAGUGACGAUGAAGAAGAGGAGGAUGAAGGCGAAGACGAUUUCAUAGUAGAUGGUGGAGCGGAAUUGCAGGAGGAAGAUGACAACAGAAGGAUGCAUCGCAGGCCACUGUUACGGCCUGAAGAUGAACAGGAAGACGUGGAAGCUCUCGAAAGAAGCAUCCAGGCGCGAUAUGCCAGAUCCAGUUACAACACAGAAUACGACGAAGAGACAACAGAAGUAGAACAACAAGCGCUUUUGCCAUCCGUUAGGGAUCCUAAAUUAUGGAUGGUGAAAUGUGCGAUUGGUCGUGAGCGAGAGGCAGCUGUUUGCCUAAUGCAGAAAUCUCUUGAUAAAGGAUCUGAACUGCAAAUUCGAUCUGCUAUAGCCCUUGAUCAUCUCAAGAAUUUUAUUUAUGUAGAGGCUGAUAAAGAAGCCCAUGUGAAAGAGGCAUGCAGAGGUCUACGUAUAAUAUUUUCACAAGCAAAGAUAACCCUUGUACCAAUCAAAGAAAUGACAGAUGUCCUCUCUGUAGAGAGCAAAACAGUUGAUCUCUCUAGAGAUUCUUGGGUUAGAAUGAAACUUGGAAUGUACAAAGGGGAUCUUGCAAAGGUUGUGGAUGUAGAUAAUGUGCGUCAGAGGGUUACUGUCAAAUUGAUUCCACGUAUAGACUUGCAAGCCCUUGCAAAUAAAUUGGAAGGAAGGGAAGUUCCAAAGAAAAAGGCUAUUGUUCCACCUCCACGCUUCAUGAAUGUUGAAGAGGCUAGAGAAAUGCAUUUGCGUGUGGAGCGUAGACGAGACCCUGGGACUGGUGAUUACUUUGAGAACAUAGAGGGAAUGAUGUUCAAGGAUGGUUUCUUGUACAAAAAUGUAUCUAUGAAAUCUAUCAGUACAAUGAACAUACAACCCACUUUUGAUGAGCUGGAGAAGUUUCGACAACCUGAGAAUGGAGAUGGAGAUGUGGCUAGUUUGACCACCUUGUUUGCAAAUAGAAAGAAAGGACAUUUUAUGAAAGGUGACCAAGUUAUUGUUGUCAAGGGUGAUCUGAAAAAUUUAAGAGGAUGGGUUGAAAAAGUUGAGCAAGAAAACGUCUUCAUUAGGCCGAAAGAGGCUGGCCUUCCGAAAACUCUAGCAGUUAAUGAAAAGGAGCUUUGCAAGUAUUUCGAACCUGGCAAUCACGUAAAAGUUGUAUCUGGUGCAUCAGAAGGAGCCACUGGUAUGGUUGUUAAGGUGGAGAGCCAUGUAAUAAUCAUUUUGUCAGACACUACGAAGGAUCAUGUUCGUGUAUUUGCAGACAACGUUGUUAAGAGUUCAGAGGUAACUGCUGGCGUUACCCGGAUUGGUGAUUAUGAGCUUCACGAUCUUGUGCUUUUGGACAAUUUGACUUUUGGAGUUAUCAUUCGAGUUGAAAGUGAAGCUUUUCAGGUUUUAAAAGGCGUUCCAGAAAGAGCUGAGGUUACUCUCGUUAGAAUAAGGGACAUCAAAUGUAAGAUUGAUAAGAAAAUCCAUGCCCAAGAUAGAUCCAAAAACACAAUAUGGGUAAAAGAUGUAGUUAGGAUUCUAGAAGGUCCAUGCAAAGGAAAGCAAGGCCCUGUGGAACAUAUCUUCCGCGGAGUUCUGUUUGUAUACGAUCGACAUCACCUUGAGCAUGCUGGCUUUAUUUGUGCUAAAUCUCAGGCUUGUUUGGUAGUUGGUGGAUCACGUGGCCAUGAUGAUAGAAAUGGUGGUCAGGUGCCCUCAAGAUUUUCUAAUUUAAGACAACCACCUCGCAUACCCCAAUCAUCAGGAAGAUUUUCUAGAGGCCCUCAAUCAGACUCUGGUGGAAGGAAUAAUAGAGGUUUUGGAGGAGGGGGACAUCAUCAUGAUUCAUUGAUUAAUAAAAUGGUAAAAAUCCGUUUGGGGCCAUUUAAGGGAUAUCGUGGCCUGGUGAAAGAUAUUAAAGGAACCACUGUCAGGAUUGAAUUGGAAUCACUGAUGAAGGUUGUUACAGUGGACCGCAAUCAUAUUUCUGAUAAUAUUAAUAUUACGGCACCAAACAGAGAGGUAUCUCGUUAUGGUUCUGGAAGUGAGACUCCUAUGCAUCCUUCACGAACUCCAUUACAUCCUUACAUGACUCCAAUGAGAGAUUCUGGAGUAACCCCGAUACAUGAUGGCAUGAGGACACCAAUGCGUGAUAGAGCAUGGAAUCCUUACACGCCUAUGAGUCCACCAAGGGAUAGCUGGGAUGAAGCUAACCCUGGUUCCUGGGGGGCUAGUCCACAAUAUCAGCCUGGAAGCCCUCCUUCUAGGGCAUAUGAAGCCCCUACUCCCGGUUCAGGCUGGGCAAACACUCCUAGUGGCAACUAUGGUGAGGCUGGAACUCCGAGAGAUGGUGGUCAGGCUUAUGCAAAUGCUCCUAGCCCUUAUUUGCCUUCAACUCCAGGCCAGCCCAUGACCCCAAGUUCAGCUUUGUAUCUACCUGGCACUCCAGGUGGUCAACCGAUGACGCCAGGUGGAGGUGGUUUGGAUAUGAUGUCUCCUGCUGUAGGUGGAGAGCACGAAGGGCCAUGGUUGCUUCCGGAUAUCUUGGUUAACGUGCAUAGAUCUGGGGAGAACACCGCUAUUGGAGUUAUUAAAGAUGUGCUUUCGGAUGGAAGUUGUCGCAUAGCAAUGGGGUCUAGCGGAAAUGGGGAAACAAUAACCGCAAGUGCUGGCGAUAUUGAGACAGUUGUCCCGAGAAAGAACGACAUGAUAAAAAUACUGGGCGGUUCACAUCGCGGGGCAUUAGGAAAACUAAUCGGAGUUGAUGGGAGCGAUGGAAUCGUGAAGCUGGAUGUGACUCUUGACGUGAAGAUUUUGGACAUGACCUAUUUGGCGAAAGCAGCAGCAAUUCCAUGAUGAUGAUAUAAUCAAUGAUAUUCUCUCUUAUAGGUCGUCAGUUUGUGGGUUAUGUGUGUAAAAUGAGUUGUAGGGAUCUCUUCCUCCUUUGUUGUUAUUCUUGUUAUUGCGGUGGUGGUAGUAGAGUAAUAUAUAUUUCAUCUAUUUUAAAUUCAAGUUUUGGAUAUUCUAUUCUAUGGAUAAUCAGAUAUAUGUUAUUUCUUUUACUUUCAACAUUAUUCAUAUUCAUAUCUGUUUUUCUA